CUGAUCUUUGUGUUGCGCACGGUCAUCUACAUGGAUAUUGGCACUGCUACAAUUGCCGGCGCCGCUGUUGCUGCUGCUGCAUACAUUGAUGCCAAACUUCAGAUCCGUAAAGACCUGAGGGAUCUGUGGAACGUCAAGAGAGCCACGUUCGAGUGGAAUCGAGCAGUCGAGAAAGAGGAGCACUCUCUGUGGUGUCAAUUUGAGAACCAGGUGAAGCGUUUACCUUCGACGACUCGAUGCCUCUGGUCCAAGACUGGCUGUUACACCUGGUCCGAGACUCACGCCCAAGCCUGUCAGUAUGCAGACUUUCUCUUAGGUAGGGGAGCCCGGCCUACUGAGCCUGUUGCUAUAUAUCUUCAAAAUUCGCCAGAAUUCAUGUUCACCAUGCUUGCUACUUGGGCGCUGGGAACAGCUCCUGCAACGAUUAAUUAUAAUCUCGCCGGCGACGCCUUGCUCCACUGUCUGACAAUCAGUGGUAGUAAAGUGCUAGUAGUGGAUGAGGAUGCUGCAUGUCGGCAGCGCAUUGAGGAGUGCCGGGACAGAAUCGAGCAAGAACUAGGCAUGGAGAUCAUCGUCCUGGAGCAGUCAACAAAGGCAACUAUUGCUGCAGUCAGCCCGAAGCGACCGGAAGCUCAUCACAGGGCAAAUGUGAAUGGAGACACACCGGCCUGUCUGUUCUAUACCUCGGGCACAACUGGACUUCCCAAGGCGAGCCACUUCCAUCUGGAAAGAAUUUGGUUCCUCGGUGAUUACCGCAGGCGUCUCACAAACCAGACCUCGGGACCGGGUGGAGAUGUGUUUUACAAUUGUAUGCCUUUGUACCACGGCACGGGGGGUGUGCUUGCUGCCGGCUGUAUGGCUUCCGGUAUCACACUGGCCAUCGGGCGUAAAUUCUCCACUUCGGGCUUUUGGGACGAGAUCCGCGAAUCCGAUUCGACCGCCUUUGUCUACGUCGGAGAGACUGCGCGCUAUCUGUUGUCCGCGCCCCCUUCGCCUAGAGACAGGGAUCACAAGGUUCGUCUGAUGCACGGCAAUGGCAUGAGACCUGACGUCUGGCGCAAGUUCCAAGAGAGAUUUGGUGUCACAGAUGUCAUGGAGUUUUUCAAUAGUACUGAAGGCGUUUUCACGUUGAUCAACUAUAGCCGAAACGACCAUUAUGCGGAUGCUGUCGGCCAUCACGGAGCGAUCUUCAGGACUGUGUUCAAGAACAUAUAUGUUCCUGUUAAAUUGGACUAUGAGACUGGAGAGAUUUGGAGACAUCCCAAAACCGGAUUUGCUCAUCGUCAGCCUUACGAGGAAGGUGGAGAGAUGUUGGUCAAGGUCGCAGACGAGAAUGUCUUCAAGGGUUACUGGAACGCGCCUGAAGCCACAGCGAAGAAGUAUGCCAGAGACGUCUUUGAAAAAGGAGACCUGUACUACAGAUCUGGCGAUGCACUGCGCAGAAGCUCGGAUGGAAAAUGGUUCUUCAUGGAUCGCCUCGGUGAUACAUUCAGAUGGAAAGGCGAGAACUGCAGUACGACCGAGGUUGCUGAGUGUCUGGGCAGGUUCCCUACCAUCAAAGAGCCAAAUGUAUAUGGUGUUGAAGUCCCAGGCCACGACGGUAGAGCAUGCUGUGCAGCCGUAUACGUUGAACCGGCAGAUCGUGCCUCUUUCGACUUUAGAGCUUUCCUCGCUCACUCGCAGAAGCUGCUUCCAAAGUACGCGGUGCCACUCUUCCUGCGAUUCAUUCAGGAUGACCAAGCGCACACCAUGCACAACAACAAGCAGAACAAGACGCAACUCAGACGCGAUGGCGUGAAUCCUGUGAAGGUAUCUCAUGGAGAAGCUGGCUCGGGAGAUACAUUAUACUGGCUGCCACCAAGAGGCGAUACAUAUGUGCCAUUCGGGAGGGCCGAGUGGCAGAGUAUCGUGGCAGGCAAGGCCAAGCUCUGAGUCGCGAAAUCUUUGUCGAGAUGACUGUCCCAUUACAUAUGGAAAGGAAGCGCGUGGAAUACUUGUCUGACUAUAGGAGCACGAUUCUCGUCCAAACAAUCUUAUGCUUGUUUGUAUCUAUUGAUUUUUGAGCAAACUACUUAUUGUCAUCAGCGCCGGCUCACUCUAUUCAAGCAAACACGGCAAAUAAAACUGUGCCGUGCUUGUGCACAGUCAUUAUUGCCAACUAUAUUAGCAUCUUCUUCUUUCCAAAGUCCCACAAUUGGGACGAUGUCAUUUCGAUUCCACUCUGUGGCGAUUCAUCUUUCAUGCAUCCUUACGGAAGUC